AUGGCCGCCUCUCCCUCCGAUAGCGAUAGCAGCUCGAGCAGAUCGACGUCGCCCGAGCCAGACAACAAGCAAAAACAGAAUUUGAAGGCGACAUCAAAAGCAAAGGACGAUGCGGAAGACUCCGAUUCCUCUGACUCGGGCUCUUCGAGUUCGGAGUCGGACUCAGAGUCGGGCUCAGAGUCGGAUAGCUCUGAUGAGAUGGAUACAAGUGAAGAUGUUGCACAGGCCAAGAACGUGACACUUCCUGGUUCUAAGCCAUACAAGGCUCCAUCCGGGUUUAAGUCCGCAAAGUCGCAGGCUCCGCCAUCCUCCAGCUCCUCCUCCCUCCUCUCCGACCUGCGUGGCAAGCAGGUGAUUCACAUUACUGCUCCGGCUUCUCUUCCACUGUCCAAGGUGAAGGAGAUCUCUAUGUCUAAGGUGAUGAAGGGCGAGCCUAUUCUAGAGUACGAGGGUGUGAGCUACGGUAUUCCAGCUGAGGCUCUUACCGAGGAAGGCUCUGAGGAUAAGAGUCUGCUUGUCUUCGACAAGGGUACCCAAACCUACGCUAGCAAGUCCAGCAAUGUUCCCAGUUAUCAAAUUCAAGAGAUGGUCAGCCUGCCGGGAUCAGUAGGAGGCGAUCUUGCCGCAGUGAAAGCAUUGCGCGACACAAUCAAACCGCCCCGCCCUCAGCCUAAGAAGCUCAAGAUGCGCUUCCGUCCCGUUGGCAGUCUGCCGAGCGCCCCGGAGAUUCUCGGAUCUAGCUCAGAGUCGGAGUCGGAGGGGCCCGCUUUCAAGGUUCCCGCCGGCGAGCAUGAGGAGAAGCGUAAGAGAAAGCACCACCACACCGAGGGCGACGCUAUCCAGGCGGCUGGUCUGCCCCGAAAGAAGUCGAAGAAGCACUCAUCUCAGGAGGAUGGAGCCCCUGCCGAAGAGAGCAAGAAAUCAAAGAAAUCUUCGAAGGACCACGAGGAGAAGAAGCGGAAAAAGUCUAGCAAGGCAUGA